AUGGUUGAAGUAGAAAUUGUUGAAAAAGAGAAAUUCCAAGAAAUUAUGUCUAAAAUUCGUAAUGAAAAUGAAAAGACUAAUUGGAUUUGUUUAACUUAUGAAGGACCAAAGAGUAAAAAACUCGUUAUUGCUGGUUCUGGUGAAGGAGGAGUUGAUGAAUUGAAAACACUUUUCAAAGAUACUGGAAUUUACUUUGCAUUUGCUAGAGAUUUUGAUAAAAUUGAUGAUUCUAUUUGUGUUAAAUUUGCUUUCAUUGAAUUCAUUGGUGAUAAAUCUCCAAGACUUCAAAAGGCUGGUGUUGGAAUGCAACUUAGUUCAAUUCAAGAUCAAUUUGGACAAUUCCAUAUUACUCAUAUGUGUUCAGACCUUGAAGAUGUUUCUGCAGAAAUUAUCUUAGCUAAGAUGAAGAAUGCUUCAGGAUCAGCUUCACACGUUCUUUAA